UCUUGGUCAUUCUGCAGAUGUAUUCUACAACAAACCGAGAGUAACUUUACUGUAAUGUCAUGAGGCAAUAUGGGAGGACAAUCGGGGCGUAAAGCGUGUACGUGAAUUUUACAGUGGUGACCACGGUGCAGUUGAAACGAGCGGCGUAGCCCAGCAGUAUGUGGUGGGAUGGAUGAGGAAGAGCAAAACCGCUAUGUGGCCCAGCUGAAGGAGGAAUUCGACAGCUGUGACACCACUGGCACCGGUUACUUGGACAAAGAGGAGCUUUCCGUGCUUUGCCAGAAGCUACACCUGGAUGCACAUCUGCCCCUGAUGCUGGAUACCUUGCUGGGGCCACAGCAUUAUGCCAGGGUGAAUUUUGAAGAAUUCAAAGAGGGCUUUGUGGCAGUGUUGUCACGCUCUCUGGACUUCAGUACUUCUGAGGAGGAUAGCAGUUAUCUGGAGCCAGUGAUCCCAGAGGAGGUGAAGCCCAAGUUUGUGAAAGGAGCAAAGCGCUAUGGGCGUAAGAGCCGGCCGGACCGACCCAAUUCCGAGCGGACAGCUGAUACCGACGAGACAGCGCCUUUCCACACCGACCCGAGUGAAACCACAGGAGUGAGGAGGGCCAAACUCCGACGCUCCACUUCGCUGGAAAGCGUGGAGAGUCUGAAGUCUGAUGAAGAGACUGGGAGCAACAAGGAGGCCUUUCUGUCCUCUUUUGAAGCACAAGGCCAGCAGAAGCGCUGGAAGCCAGACAGCACAGGAAGCGGCCUGCACUCGCCGGGCCUGCGGGAGAAGGUGUCCGAUGGGCAGGUGAGGGCGGUGUGGGAGGAGCUGGGCGUCGGCGCCGGGGGCUCACUUAGCCGACAGGAGCUGUCACUCGUGUGCGAGCACAUCGGCCUCAAGAACCUGCAGUCAGAGGAGCUGGAUGCUCUCUUCAGGAAGCUUGAUAAGGACCAAGAUGGGCGAGUCAGCCUACAGGAGUUCCAGAUAGGCCUCUUCAACCAUGGAGAUCUGCCAGCCCCGAAGUCCUCGUCCACCCCACUGAGGCCUAAGACCCAGCUUUCACUAUUACAGCAGGCGUUCGACGAGAGGGUGGCGCGGUCCACCUCUCCAUCUCUGCUCUCGGCCACCGUGGGUCAGAAGCUGCUGACCCGGCUGGACGAUGGGAGCGGCUGCGCCAGUCCGGAGCGGGUCAUCGCCCUCUGGACCGAGGAGGGCAUCCGCAACAGCAGGGACAUCCUACAGACUCUGGACUUCUCGCUGGACGAGCGGCUGAGCCUGGUCGAGCUCACCCUGGCGCUGGACAACGAGCUGCUGGUCAGCGGCAAUGGCAUCCACCAGGCUGCACUCAUCUCCUACAAGAACGAGAUCCACUUCCUCCAGACUCUGGCGGAUCAGGCAUGUCGAGAACGGGAUAAAGCCAAGGCUGACCUGGAAUGGGCUGACCGAAGAAACUUGCAGCUGGUCAGGGAGGUGGAUGACCGCCACGCCACCAUGGAGUCACUCAAUGAAACAAAAAUCAAGGGUCUGGAGCAGGACUUCCGGGAGAAGCUGACGGCGCUGCGGAGCGAGACGGAGCAGGAGAGUGAGGUGCUGAUGCAGGAGCUGGAGUGGGAGCGCGUCAAACUCCGCGAGGAGGUGGAGGCCCUGCAGGCCAAGGACGUCAGCCUGCAGGAGGAGGUGUGCAACGUCACCCAGGAGAACACUCGGCUGGAGGAUGAGGCGAGUGCGCUGAAGAGGAGGCUAGCCGAGACCGAGAGCACCGUGGCCAGGCUGCAGAGGGACCUGGAGCACCUGCUGCAGGACAAGUUUGGCAGCCUGGAUCAGAGCCCGGUUGUCCUGGAAAACCAGGAGGAGCAUUUCUCUGAGAUCAUUAAGGAGUAUGAAGUCCAGUGCAGGGAGUUGCGGGACAGGAACGACGAGUUGAGCUCGGAGCUGGAGAUGCUGAAGAACCAGACGCUGACCAGGAAACCCAGGCGCUCGAGGGAGAGCCUCUCCUCUCCCACCUGGUCCGGCCGCCGGGCGCUCGCCACCGAGUCCGAUUCAGAUGACCCUGAGAUGAAGAAAAGCAGUUCUCCUCAAGUCAAGAAAAAACUUGAAGUGGAAAAUAAAAAUGCAUUGGGCUCCUUGGAGAGUCUGUCUGCACCUGUCAGUAUAGAGACUGAGCUGGCCAUGGAGCAGCUGAAGGAGAAGUACGAGCAGGAGGUGCAGGACCUCAAGAUCCAGCUGGAGACCAAGGUGAACUUCUACGAGCGCAGCAUGGAGCUGAUGCGGCGCAACAUGGAGGUGGAGCGCAAGGAGAUCUCGCAGAGCUUCAAGGUGGAGAUCAGCGAGCUGGAGGAGCAGAAGGCCCACGCCGAGGAGCGGGCGGAGAGGCUGAAGCAGAGCGCGGAGAAGCUGGAGGCCCAGCUGCAGGCCCGGGCCGAGGGGCUGGCCUGGGGCUCGGAGCUGGACCGCCGGCUCCAGCGGGAGCAGGCCGAGCUGGAGCAGAACUACGCCCGUGAGAUGAGCAACAUCGUGCAGCGGCUCACGUCCGAGAAGGACCAGCUGGAGGCCGAGCUGAAGCUGAAGAUGGACCAGGAAGUGCUGCUUGUCAGAAUGCAAAAUACCGCGAGGAGGUUCUGGACCUCAGCUCACGGAACCUCCAGCUUAGCACUGAGAACGCUGAGCUGAGCUCGCGUCUCCGUGCCGACCAGGGAGCGGUCCAGAUGCUGACGGAACGUCUGGCCCAGGUGUGCCGCGAGCAGGAGGACGGGAAGACCGCCGUGCGGCAGCUGCAGGAAGCGUCCAGUCAGCAGGAGCGGGACCGAUCCCAGCUCCAGGCCAGCUGGCAACAGGAGCGUGAGCGGCUGGAGAGAGAGCUGACCACAGCUAAGGAGAAGAUUCAGCAGCUGUCUGAAGUUGAGUCCGAGCUGAGCAGUCUCACUCUGAAGCACCAGUGGCUUCAGCAAGACAAUGAGAGGCUGCUUAAAGAGGCAGAGGAGAGAAACCACAAGGUUGAAAAACUCCAGGAAUCCCUCCGUGCUGUUGACACUCAGACAGAGCAGCUGCGCUCCCAGCUCCAAGCGGCCUCCCAGGAGAGCCAUAUGCACAAUCAGGAAACUGCUGCUCUGCAGAGAAUGUUGCAAGACUCCCAGGACAAGGUGAGAGAGCUGGAUAUGAGUAUGGUUCAGCUGUACAGAGAGAAGGAAGAACUGCAGAGGGCCAGACGGCAGCAUGAAGAUGAAGCCUCUCGCACUAUGGCUGAAGAAUGCCAAAGGCUUCAUAAACAAAACCAGGACCUGCUUCAAAAGGUGGCACAGCUGCAGGCUCACGAAAAGGAACUGCAAAAGCUGACUCAAGAAUGCCUGACUCUAAAACACAAACAGGCACAGUUAGAGACAGCUACACAAGAUGCCAAGAAUCAAGCGCUGCAGGCAGACACGGCCCUGUCGGUGGCGCAGGCGCAGCACGUGCGGGCGCUGCAGGACGUGCGGGAGCAGGUGGGCGCGGGCUCCAGGGAGCAGCUGGGACCCCUCCAGGCCCAGCUGGCUGGGCACCAGCGCCGGGGCCUGCAGCUGGAGGAGAUGCUCCGCUCGCAGGCGCAGAAGGCCAGCACGCAACUGGCACUGCAGCAGGAGCAAUACGAGAAGGUAAUGGGGCACAUGCAGGAGAGGAUGGAGGAGGUGGAGGCUAAACUGAAGAAUGUUCGGCUGAUGUUACAAGAGAAGGUCAAUCAGCUAAAAGAGCAGCUGACCAAGAACGCCAAGUCCGAUCUCCUGCUGAAGGACUUGUACGUGGAGAACUCCCAGCUCAUGAAGGCACUGCAGAUCACAGAGCAACGUCAGAAGAGUGCUGAGAAAAAGAGCUUCUUACUCGAGGAGAAAGUGGCUGCUCUUAACAAACUCCUUCGUAAAAUUGCUCCUGCGUCCCUUUCUGCCUAGAGCACUUCUUUCCCUGCAAGCUUACACAAGAGCCAUAUUAUACUGUUGUGACAUACCUCUAUCCUCUUUCACCACAACCAAGUAGGAUGCAGUCACAGCUUAGUGGGGCAGUUGCUGCAUUGUCCUUAGUCACCUCAAAGCAAUAAUUGAUCCUCAUGUAUAUUCUCCGAGCACAAACCAAGCAGGUAACUUGGUAUAUAUUUUCAUCUAGGGUACUGAGUCCAAUUUUUUGCUUUUUAUUUUUUUCACCUCUUGUGAAGCUGUAAGACCUGGUUUUAAAUCAUAGGUUCAAUUAUUGUGCUUUUUAUAGUGUCUGAUGAAGUGGGUUGAGACAAAUGACCGGUAGCGGACCAUGCUACAAUAUUACUGCUUUUUUAAAACCCAUAGUAUAAUCCUAUGGCUAAGUUGUUGUAAAGACAUGGAUAACGUGUAGUCCUGGACUACCUCUACAGUGACAACCUGUCCCCUGAUUUUCACAGGUCAAUCCCUGUCUUUGUAUUAUGUUUGAGUGGAUGUAGGGAUGCUACAUCCAUGUGCUGCUUGGGUUUCAGUCCCAGUCUUAACAUCACAGGGAAAUCAGGGUGCUUCUUUUUCUUCCCACUGUUUCUUCUGUUAACAUGGAUUUCAAGUUUGGCACAAUCAUAUGUCCGGUCAUAACAAUGAAUGAUAUUUAUGAAAGUGUUCUUAAUAAACUUGUAAUAGCAACCAAAAGUACAGUAUUUCAUAAUGUAUAGUUUUGAUACACGGGUGCUACAUUUUGACACUUGCACAUUUUGAAAUCUUUAUGCACUACUGUACAAUUCAAGCUUGUAGAAUCACAAAAGACUGUGGAAAGAACAUUUAAGAUUGUGGUUAACAUUAUUAUAUCUUUCCCCAGACAGUGACAUUAUUCUAUGAAGAGUAAUUGUUAUUAAGUAGGAUGUAAAUUUAUUAUUGCCCUACAUCACUGUAUAAAUUAAUGUACAAAUGUUUACCAAGUAAAACCUCUUCCCUUGAA